AGCAAUUUCAUCAUUCUCAUAAAUAAACAUUUUCUUUUUCUUGCUAGAUCUCUCACUCCCAAGAAUUCCAACUCUUUCAUCAGCUAGUAUGCGAUCAAAUUCAGACAUGCCUGAAUCUCGAUUCCUCGGAAGCAUAUCGGCUUCAUCCUUAAGAAACUUUCUCCCUAAAUCAUCCUCAGGCAAGCACAAAUGGAGCUCCAACUGGACGAAGCAGAGGCCUGAUGCUGAAAAUCAACCGCCAGUCAAUUCUAACAUUCAGAUCGAUAUCAACUCAACCUUAGGGUUACCAAAUAGAAAUGUUGGUGCAAAAUCGGUAAUCAUGCAGCAGGAAGAAGUCGCCGGACUUGAUACUAAGCAAGAGGAGAUGCUGGAACUGGAAGCACAGCCAGAUCCGUCGGUUAAGGUUGUGGUGAGGAUUAGACCUGCUAGUACUCAUGUAAGAGGAGAUCUAACUGUUGGGAGGGUUUCUGGUGAUACAGUAGCUAUUGGCGACAGGAAACUUACAUUUGAUGCUGUCCUCGAUUCCAAUUCACAUCAGGAGGAGAUGUUUAACUUAGUUGGCGUUCCUUUGGUUAAUGAUGCUUUAGCUGGGUACAACACAUCUGUUUUGGCAUAUGGACAGACUGGAAGUGGUAAGACCUACACAAUGUGGGGUCCUCCCAGUGCAAUGGUGGACAGUUGCUCCACUAACAGUCACCAAGGGAUUGUUCCGAGGAUCUUCCAGAAGCUUUUCUCUGAAAUUCAGAGGGAUCAAGACAACUCGAGUGGAAAGCAAAUAAAUUACCAGUUGCGCUGCUCAUUCCUUGAGAUAUAUAAUGAUCAGAUUGGGGAUUUACUAGAUCCAACACAGAGAAACCUAGAGAUAAAAGAUGAUGCAAAACAUGGAUUCUAUGUUGAAAACUUGACUGAGGAAUAUGUUACCAGUUAUGAUGACAUAACUCAAAUUUUGAUCAAGGGGUUAUCAAGCAGGAAGGUGGGAGCAACAAGCUUAAAUUCUAAGAGCUCACGUUCACAUAUAGUGUUUACUUGCGUCAUUGAAUCCUGGUGCAAGGGAAUGUCAGCGAAUUGUUUUGGCAGUUCAAAAUCAAGCAGGAUUAGCCUUGUUGAUCUCGCGGGAAUAGAGAGGAAUAAACUUGAUGACACUAGGCAUUCAGCUAAAGAGGAAAAGAAUGUGAAGAAGUCUCUAUCCCAGUUGGGAUAUUUGGUCAAUCUACUUGCUGAAGGAGCUAAAUCAGGAAAACCUGAAGACGAUUCAUAUAGAAGUACCAGUUUAACGCAUUUGUUGAAAGAAUCACUUGGUGGCAAUGUGAAGCUCUCAGUUAUAUGCACCAUAUCUAAGGAUUCCAAGAGUAGUGGUGAAACACUAAGUACACUGAGAUUUGGACAAAGAGCAAAAUGCAUACUUAAUGAUCCAGUAGUUAACGAAAUUUCAGAGGAUGAUGUUAAUGAUCUUAGUGACCAAAUUCGACAAUUGAAGGAAGAACUUAUAAGAGCAAAAACAGAUACACGAGAUUCAAUUGCAAGCAGCAUUGGAUCACAUACAGGUCAUGCUCGUGAAAGCCUAAACCAACUGAGGUUAAGCAUAAAUAGAUCCUUGCUUCUUCCUUCCAUAGAUGAUAUUGAUGAAACUGAGGAUAUGAAGGUCACUGAGGAUGAUUUAAGAGAAAUACAUAUGCAGUUAGAUAAUUUGCACAGUUCUGACGGCACAGGAUUUUGUUCUUUAGAAGAAAAUUCUGAUACAGAAUUGACAAGCGAACAUUAUGGGAGUUGUCUAGAAGAGAGUGAAACUGAAGAGAUCAGUAUUGAAGAAUCCAAGACAAAAAUGCAGGCCUCCGGUUCAUUUGAUAGCAUUGCGACCAUUAAUACAAUCAGAAGUAGCAUUUCAGUUUCUUCUUCAUUCCCUUAUUCUCCUUUUCUAGAACUAGAAGAACCAACUCUGUCUGAGUCACCAAAAAUUGUAAGCAAUCCUAGGAAAAGCGUAACCUUUGCAUCUAGCCAUCUAGUAGCAGGUGAGGAUGCCAAUCAGUCAGAUAAUGCAAUGGUGGAUUCAAAUGUUUUGCGACGGUCACUUGGACAAAAUGGCAAAUUACAGUCUUCUUUGAGGUCAAGCAAGAUUUUCCCAGGCCCCACUGAAAUGCUGGCUGCUAGCCUUCACCGAGGCUUACAGAUCAUUGACUAUCAUCAGCAACAACAAAAUUCAGCACCUAGAUCUUCACUUUCUUCUUUCUCUUUUGAACACUUGGCACUCAAAGCAUCUCCAAGCAUUGACAAAAGAGGAGGAGAAGAGGAUAAAUUGCCUACUUUUAUAUGCUCAUCAUGCCAAAAGGUUGGCCCAACUGGGUUCAACGAAGUUGAUGAAGCUGAGGAUUCAACAGAUGGAAGGAAGCAUCUUGAAAAACUUUCCAUGGAACAGGCAGCAAAAAUCGAGCAGUUAAAUCUUCUGGUUGAGCAAUACAAGCAUGAACUUGAGCAAUACAAGUCUACUUUGGGAAGCACUUGUACCAAUGAAAGCAUGCUUCUGAAGUGGAAGGAAGGUGAAAAUGGUGAGCAAGUGAUAACAAGAGAAGCAGCAGCAGCAGCAUCAACAUUUGAUGUGAAUGAGAAGGAAGAACUCCUCAAUGAAAUUCAAACCUUAAGACGCACACUUCAAUCACAAACAGAAGGAGGGUCUGGUAGGAUUCGGUCUUCAUUAUUAUCACAAUCAAUCCAGAUGAGAAAAAGCGGAACAUACCCACAAAUUAACACAACAGAGGAUCUCGAGAAAGAAAGAGAGAGAUGGAUGGAGAUGGAAAGCGACUGGAUUUCCUUAACAGACGAGUUGAGAAUCGAUCUCGACAACAUCCGACAGCGUGCAGAGAAGGCAGAAAUGGAAUUGAAACUGGAGAAGAAUUGCACUGAAGAACUAGACGAUGCACUUGGUCGGUCUGUACUCUGCCAUGCAAGAAUGGUGGAACAUUAUGCAGAUCUUCAGGAGAAACAUAACGAGUUAUUUGAUAAACAUCGUCUGAUAAUGCGAGGAAUAGCAGAUGUUAAGAAGGCUGCUGCUAAAGCUGGAGCAAAGGGACAUGGCUCGCGUUUCUCUAAAUGUUUGGCGGGUGAGCUUUCUGUAUUAAGAGUUGAAAGGGAGAAGGAAAGGGAAUUGUUAAGAAAGGAGAAUAAAAGCUUGAAGGUUCAACUUAGAGAUACUGCUGAAGCAGUUCAAGCUGCCGGAGAACUCCUAGUCCGGUUGAAAGAAGCCGAAGCAACAUCUUCCAUGGCCGAGGAAAAUGUUGUGAAGUUGGAAGAAGAGAAGGAGAAGAUGAAAAGGCAAUUGGAGAAGAUGAAAAAGAAGCACAAAAUGGAGAUUGCAACUAUGAAGCAUUAUCUUAAUGAGAGCCGUUUGCCAGAAUCUGCAUUGAAACCACUUUAUAAUCAAGAAACAAAUAGCAGCUCUUCACAAUAUGAUGAUGAUCAAGAAUGGAGAGCAGAAUUUGGUGCCAUUUAUCAAGACCACCAUUAUUGAGUAUUUUAGUUGAAUUUAGAAACAGAACUUUGACAUUUGUUUGCACGCAGCAUUUCAAAUGGACCCUUCUUGGGUCUUUUUUUUACAUUUUUUCUUUGUUAAGAGAACACAAUGCAUGCUGCUUUAUGCUCAAUUUGA